AUGUCUACGAUCCCGGUUGGCGAGUACAUCUUUCGCCGUCUACAUCAGCUCGGCAUCCGCAACAUCGUCGGAGUCCCUGGCGACUUCAACUUGAAUCUGCUCGACCAUGUCUACAGCGUGCCGGACUUGCGCUGGGUAGGCACCUGCAACGAACUUAACGCUGCCUACGCGGCGGACGGAUACGCCCGUGCUCGUUCCCUGCCUGGCGUUGUCGUCACUACUUAUGGAGUCGGAGAGUUGAGUGCCCUGAACGGCAUAGUGGGCGCAUACAGUGAAUACAUACCCGUCAUCCAUAUCGUAGGAAACACUUCGAGAGACAUGCAGCGCAACCACACACGUAUCCAUCAUACCUUAUGGAUGGACCAGUGGGAUCACCGAACGUAUCAGAAAAUGGUUGAACCCGUAGCUGCCGCGACCGCCUUCCUGGAUGAUGAGAGUAAGGUAGCAGCUGAGGUGGACCGGGUGAUUGAGACGUCUAUUAAGAGGAGGCUUCCGGUAUACCUGUUCGUGCCGCUGGAUAUUCAGGAUAGCCCGAUUGAUGCUUCCCCGCUAGAGAAGCCGCUUGAUCUUGCUGUGAGGAAUGAGGGCAGAGAGGCAGAGGAGGAUGAGGUUGUUGAGGAAGUCAUCAAGCGUAUGGGUCAGGCUAAGGACCCCGGUGUCUUGGUUGACAUGUUGAUGUCCAGGCAUAACUUGUACAAGGAAACAAGCGAGCUCAUCAAGCUGCUAGCUGCACCAUGGUACACAACACCGCUAGGUAAAUCAACUAUGAACGAAUCCGAUCCUCACUUUGCCGGCCUAUACUGCGGUAUCACAUCCAGCAAUCCUGCUCUCAAGGCCCAGAUAGAAUCCCACGAUGCCGUCUUACACCUCGGCCCCUUCAACGUCAGUGGAAACACAGGUGGAUUCAGUACAGCGCUUCCAGCUGAUAAGCUUAUCGAAUUGCAUCCCGGAUUCUGCUCCGUGGCAGGAAAGGUGUGGAAGGGCCUUGACUUCAGGCCUGUUAUUACAAAGCUCCUUGCCAGGCUCACCAAGGAACCCAUCCAACGAACGGUAGACCUCGCCAAGAUCCUCCCCAAGACCUCAGAGAAGCCGUCGGAUGACAACUGCACUGAUCCCCUGGACCAUGCUCGCUUCUGGGACCGUCUCUCCAAGUUCCUACGCCCCAACGACUUCGUCAUCGCCGAAGUUGGCACCUCCCAGUUCGGCUCUCAGGGCCUCACACUUCCCGACAACACGACAUACUUCUCUCAGCUCUACUACAGCUGCAUCGGCUUCUCGGUCCCUGCCACAUUGGGUGUCCUCCUCGCUCGUCGCGAGACCGCCAACCCAGGCCGUGUCAUCCUCCUUGUCGGUGAUGGCAGUCUACACAUGACCGUCCAGGAGAUUGGCACCAUGGUCCGAGAGGGAUUCAAGCCCAUCAUUAUCGUAGUCAACAACAAGGGCUAUACCAUUGAACGGCUCAUCCACGGCCCCGAGCAGCAGUACAAUGAUAUCUCCGAGAUGUGGGACUACCAGAAGAUGCUCGGCUUCUUUGGUGCCAAGGACAGCAGAAGCUACGCUGCGCGCACUUACAAGGAGCUUGGCGCCAUCUUGAACGACGAGACCUUCCUCAAGACAGACGUCAUCCAAGUCGUUGAAAUCUUCUUUGAUAUCAUGGACUCGCCAUGGAACUUGACUGACUUGCUCAAGCUCAAGGAAGAGAGACUGGCCAAAGCUAGGGCUGAGAAGGAGAAAGCCGCUGCGCUCGCGGCUGGAAGCGCAACUGCUAACUAG